AUGUCAGCCGAAUUUCCCAACAGCUUUUAUAACAAUAAUACAAAUCGAUGGAUAGGUAAUGCCAAUGAACCUGGUCAAAGUAUUAAUUUAACACCACAGUUUGAAAAACCAUGUCCUGCUUUUCCUCCUUAUGUUUUUGCAUCACCUGUCGGAUGGAAUGCAGCGAUUGUUGCUUUAUUAUCUUGCUUAUUGGCUUUGGUUUUUCUUUUGACAUGUCUUUAUUACAUGGCUUAUCGUCGUCGCUACAUGAAAGAAAUAUCGGAAUGUCCAUCACCUGUAGCUCUUGUGGAAAAAACAUCAGCAUCACCAAAAUUAGUUACGAGUACAUCACAAACGGCUAUGACAACAUUUAUUAAUGAAACAGGUAAAGAAACAAAAGUUAAUACAUUAACUGAAGGAACAACAGGUGCUGGCAAUUUUGUUGGUAUGACAACAAUGGGUAAUGGGCAUACAUCACCAUCACAUACGAAUGGUCUUUUGGCUAAUGGUAAUACUGAUCAAAGUGAACUUCGUUUACUUCAACAUGAAGAUCAUUAA